GGGCUCCAGCCCAGUUUUUCACGCGUUGCUCCAGACGGAAGUCAACACAGGGAUGAACGCUGACUGUGGUUUUCGUGCUGUGGCAGCCAAAGCCACCAGACAGUUUCAGCUCUCAGCCCGGGCAGCUCGGCGGGGAGGCAGUGUGGGCUUCUCACCAUGCAAGCACUGAUUUUCUGGGCGGUGGUCGGAGUGACAGUGAGCGGGGGCAGCUGUUUUUCGCCGCCUGUGGUCAACAUCAGUCUGGAUGUACCUGCAGAACAGAGAUGGGAGCCACUUCUCAAGAUAUUUGACAAGGACUUCUUGCGAAAGGCAGCUGCAGAGGUGAUCGACACCACUGUUCCAAAAUGGGUGCACACUGCUGUCAGCCCGAUUGUGAAAGCUCUGGAGAAAUAUGUACCACAGCCAUAUGCAGGCGAGAUCAGGGGCAUGGCUUCAUGUUGUCAGUCUGACAUCUCUGACAUUGUUCUUCUCAACUUUGCUUAUGAAGUUUCAGCGUUCUGUACCAGUAUUGUGGCACAAAACGCUAAGGGAAAUAUUUACCAUGGCCGAAACUUGGACUACCCCCAUGAUGUCCUGAAAAAUCUUACUAUUGAUAUCCGUUUCAUCAAAAAUGGACAGGUGGCCUACACAGGCACUUCUUUUGCUGGUUAUGUUGGGUUAUGGACUGGGCAAAGUGCAAAAAAGUUCACUGUGUCAGGGGACCAGCGAGAUAAAGGCCACUGGUGGGAAAAUGUCAUCUCAGCAUUUCUGCUGAAGAGUUCUCCUGUUAGCUGGCUGGUGAGAGAGACUCUUGCGGAGGCCACGGAUUUCCAGGAUGCAGUGAUGAGGCUGGCUAAAGUGCCCAUCAUCACUGAUGUGUACUAUAUUGUUGGUGGGGUUCAAAAGAAUGAGGGCGUGGUCAUCACCAGAGACAGAAGCGGGCCUGCAGACAUAUGGCCUCUGGAUUGGAACAUGGGACAAUGGUACCUUGUUGAGACAAACUAUGACCACUGGCUGCCCACACCCAAAUGGGAUGAUAGAAGAGAUGUAGCUAUGAAAGCGUUGAAUACUACAGGUCAAACUAACAUCAACAUGCAUUCCCUUUAUCAGGUUUUAUCAGUGGCUCCUGUCUGUAACAGCAUCACAGUCUAUACAACAGUAAUGAGUGCCGCCACCCCAGACGAGUACAAAACCGUGGUCAGAGAGACAUGUGAGGAGUCCUUUUAAGAGUAUCGCUGACAGUCUUAACAGGAACACUGACCAGGUUUAAAUUUCAUUUGCACUGUGGUGGGACAGUACCAGUUUUAAUGAAAAAACAGUCAGUUUUACAGUGUUACAUGGAUGAGCUGAGCACAUCACUCGCUGGCACUGUGACGGCUUGAAGCUGUGGAUUUUAUAGAUGCUGUAAAUCAUAUUGCUGUUGUGAAAGAUUAAUUUAGACAAAAGUCUUUAACUUCUGAGAAAUUUAAUCUUGAUAUAACUGUGGAUUGGUUGUGGACAUAAGCAUAAGAUGGUGCCUUACAUUUGGAAAGCAGAAGCUUAGCAUGUGUGUGUAAUAUGACAUUUCUUAUUGCUUUAAGUUGAUCACAUAAUCAUUAAAAUUGUAUUCUCAUGUGUUUUGACAUAGUUAUGUAAACAUUUACCAUUCAGUGUAAAUACUCAUGUUCAAAGAAUGUAUGUAGCUUUGUUUCUAACAGUGUUAGUGCUUUUAAUCAUGUCUUUUUUAAUAGGUUACAUUUUAUUGCCUGGAAUAAAAUCUCUUUACAUUAACCUAAAA